CGCCGCCGAGACAAUUCCGUGAGUUGUGUUUGCUACGUGCAGUGAAUGUGAAGGAAGCUUUCACAGGAGUCAGCGCGAAGGAAAAGCCUGUAUUUACCGCUUUUGAAUGUUCAUAUCUGUGAUAUUUCAUCAUGCAUGUAGACUUUGAGAAGCUGCGGAUGAGCGGCGCGGGGAAAGCCAUUGCUGUUCUCACGAGCGGAGGAGAUGCUCAAGGUAUGAAUGCUGCCGUUCGUGCUGUAACACGUAUGGGUAUCUAUGUGGGCGCCAAAGUUUACCUUAUAUAUGAGGGUUAUCAAGGCUUGGUAGAUGGAGUUGACCACAUCAAACUCGCCAACUGGCAGAGUGUCACCAACAUCAUUCAGCUUGGUGGCACAAUCAUUGGCAGUGCCCGCUGUAAGGCCUUCACCACACGAGAGGGGCGUCUAGCGGCGGCAUUUCACCUGGUCCAGCGAGGCAUUACGAAUCUGUGCGUUUGUGGAGGAGAUGGCAGUCUGACGGGAGCAAACAUCUUCCGCAGCGAGUGGAGCGACCUGCUGGCACAGCUGGUGACACAAGGGCGAAUCACAGAUACUCUGGCACAACAGCACACUCACCUGAACAUAGUGGGUCUCGUGGGCUCCAUCGAUAAUGAUUUCUGUGGGACUGACAUGACGAUCGGCGCUGAUUCUGCUCUGCAUCGAAUCAUGGAAGUUAUUGAUGCCAUCAUGACCACUGCACAAAGUCAUCAGAGAACGUUUGUGCUGGAGGUGAUGGGACGCCACUGCGGGUAUCUUGCGGUGGUGUCUGCUCUGGCGUCCGGCGCUGAUUGGCUCUUCAUCCCAGAAGCUCCACCAGAGGACGGUUGGGAGGAUCACAUGUGUGCUCGACUGGGAGAGAGUCGCAGUAAAGGAAAUCGUCUGAACAUCGUGAUCAUCGCAGAAGGAGCCAUCGACAAACGCGGCCAGCUGAUCUCAUCAAACUAUGUUAAAGAUCUUGUGGUUCAGAGGUUGGGUUACGACACACGUGUCACUGUUCUCGGUCACGUUCAGAGGGGAGGAACUCCGUCUGCAUUUGAUAGAGUUCUGAGCAGUAAGAUGGGUGUGGAGGCCGUGGUGGCGCUGUUAGAAGCCACUCCAGAGACUCCAGCGUGUGUCAUCGGCCUGUCGGGGAAUCAAGCCAUGCGGCUGCCGCUCAUGGAGUGUGUGAACAUGACGAAGGAGGUGCAGAAAGCCAUGAAUGAGGAGAGAUUUGAAGAGGCCAUUCAGCUGCGAGGAAAGAGUUUUGAGAACAACUGGAACACGUACAAGCUUCUAGCUCAUCAGAAACCUGCUCAAUCAAAGAGUAAUCACUCGAUGGCGAUUCUGAACGUUGGAGCUCCGGCCGCAGGGAUGAACGCCGCUGUGAGGUCAGCGGUCAGGGUGGGACUCGCUCAGGGUCACAGAGUUUACACCGUUCAUGACGGGUUUGAGGGGCUCGCCAAGGGAGCGUUGAUGGAGGUGCACUGGCAUGAUGUGGCCGGAUGGACGGGUCAGGGCGGGUCACUGCUGGGCACCAAACGAACUCUUCCCAACUCCUGUAUGGAGAACAUUGUGGCGAAUAUUGGAAAAUACGGCAUUCAGUCUCUGCUGGUGAUUGGUGGAUUUGAGGCGUAUGAAGGAGUUCUGCAGCUGGUUGAAGCUCGCGGCCGAUAUGAUGAACUCUGCAUCGCCAUGUGUGUGAUGCCUGCCACAAUCAGCAAUAACGUCCCGGGCACAGACUUCAGUUUGGGUGCAGACACGGCAGUGAACGCCGCCAUGGAGAGUUGUGAUAAAAUCAAGCAGUCUGCGUCAGGAACCAAACGGCGAGUCUUCAUCGUGGAAACCAUGGGGGGAUAUUGUGGUUACCUAGCAACCACUACAGGCAUCGCCGUGGGCGCAGACGCUGUGUACAUCUUUGAGGAGCCGUUCAACAUCCAUGAGCUCGAGACAAACGUGGAGCAUCUGACAGAAAAAAUGAAGAACGAUAUUCAGCGUGGACUCGUGCUGAGGAAUGAGAAGUCUCACAAGCACUACACGACCGAUUUCAUUCACAAUCUGUAUUCUGCCGAGGGGAAGGGCGUCUUCGACUGCAGGGUCAAUGUGCUGGGGCACCUGCAGCAGGGUGGGGUGCCAACACCGUUUGACAGGAAUUUUGGCACUAAACUGGGAGUGAAGGCUGUCCUGUGGCUCACAGAGAAGAUGAACGCUACUUACAGACAGGGCCGUGUGUUUGCGAACGCUCCCGACACCGCCUGUGUGAUUGGCAUGAAGAAGAAAGUGAUGUCAUUCAGUCCCGUCACAGAGCUCAAGUCACACACAGACUUCGAACACCGGAUGCCGAAGGAACAGUGGUGGUUGAACUUGCGGCCGAUGUUGAAGAUGUUGGCCAAAUAUCAGACCAGCUUUGACGAGUAUGUGACAGGAGAGAUCGAACACGUGACGCGUCGCUCCCUCAGCAUCGAGACUGGAUUUUGAAAGCUUGCAAACUCUCUCUGUGUGUGUCUCUCUUUCUCUCUCUCUCUCUCUCUCUCUCUCUGUGUGUCUCUCUUUCUCUCUCUCUCUGUGUCUCUCUCUCUGUGUGUCUCUCUCUCUCUCUCUCUCUGUGUGUCUCUCUCUCUCUCUCUCUCUGUGUGUCUCUCUCUCUCUCUGUGUGUCUCUCUCUGUGUGUCUCUCUCUCUCUCUCUCUCUGUGUGUCUCUCUCUCUCUCUGUGUGUCUCUCUCUCUCUGUGUCUCUCUCUGUGUGUCUCUCUCUCUCUCUCUGUCUCUGUCUCUCUGUGUCUCUGUCUAAAUGAACUCUGAAUACCUCUGAAUAAACGUAAUCCUGUAAUGUUCAUAACUGCAUUAAUGGUGCUUUAUUAAAACACUGUUAUUAACAGAACAGUCAUGAAUUAUUCUCAUCAUCAAAUGUGAAAAAUCUUUUUCUAUUUUCACAAAUAAGUAAAAUGCCAAGUUAACGUUAUAUCAAUGUCUUAUGAGUGAUUCAGCACAUGUGUUUUGUCUAGUAUUCAUUAUCUUUGAUCGUGAGUUAUAAUAUAUAUAAUGAAUCACAGUUUGCAUGAAAGAUAUUUGAUGUAUGUUUCAGAGAGGAAUGUGCACUAAUGCAGAAGGUUUGAAGAAAUGGUUUAUUGUGAAAUGUGCUGCUGAUCGGCUCUUGUAAUGAAUCCUGUCGUCUGAUGAUUAGUGCUUAUUGAAAUGAUCUUUUUGUGGUUGUGAAUUCCUUAUAUGUGCUUUUUCUCCAUAUUCCUCGACUCUUGUAGUUUCUUUAUUCCACUGAUCGUGUAUGAACGUGUUUUACUGAUGUAUUGAACGAGUCCUGUGUUUCUCAGUCUCUUAUUGACCCGUAGAAAUGCUAACCCAAAAUCAUGUUUACAGAUCUGUUCUGCAUGUGUGAUCCUUUAAAGAUGUGCUUCAGUGAGAAAACCUCAAAUAAAAACAUUGAUUUGCUGCUGAUUAACAGAAGUCUUGAGUGGGGAUUUAUGUACAUCAUUAUUAUGUUUUACGGUAAAGUAUGAAAUCUGCUUCUAGAUCAAGUGAAAAAAUUAAACGAAUUAA